AUGGCCCUUCGCAUCUAUUUUACCACAUUGUUAAUUCAUAAGAACAAAGACUUAUUGAGGAGUCAACUCAACUGGACAAACACCUCCACUGCCUUUGAAACACAGAUCAGAGACCUCAUUGCAGAAAACCAGAACCUAACAGAACAAAUAAAACUCAUGAAGAUGGAGCUCAGUCUUGGUCCAGGUCAGUACAGUGUUGAUGCCUACUGUCCCAAAGAAAAUAACAAAAAGGCGUGCAAAGCUUGUCAGGAGGGCUGGCUCACCUUUGAGUCAAACUGCUAUGCAAUUAAUGAUGCUGAACCUCAUGAGCAGAAAACCUGGAGAGAAGCUCGAGAAAACUGCAAAGGAAAGAUUUCUAAUUUGGCCGUUGUAAUUAAUGCAGCAGAAAAGAAAACUGUCAGUGAAAAGAGUUGGAGAUAUAAUGGAAACAAAGGAUACUGGAUUGGUCUGAGAGUUGAAGAUGGGAAAUGGAAGUGGCUGGAUGGAAGAGAUGCGGCUAAUAGCGCCUGGAUCGACCAGCCUCCUUCUGAUAGUCACUGUGCAAUCUCUGUCCAAGACCAAGGAUUUAAAUCAGUGAGCUGUAAUGAGACGAACCGAUGGAUCUGCAAAAAGAAAGCUUUGUCUGUUUGAAUACUGCAGUAAAACUUCAGAGGGCUUUUGGAUAGUCUCAGUCUCAAAAUAUAAUAUUAAUGAUGAUAUUUAUAACUGGUCAACAGAGGGCACUGCAUUACUUCAGAUCAAACAGUUGUUGCCUGAAGUAUCUGCACUGAGAUUAUUUCAUGUUGCAAUGAUAGUUAUUGUUAAGCUAUGUUAUAUUAAUGACAAAUGUUUUAGUCAAGCCAAGAACAACACUGUUCAAACUGCUGUAACAUGUAGAAGAAGGACAGCUGGCCUCUACAUUUGGACUUUGUUAAUCAGUCACAGUGUCAACAUCAGCUACAGAGCAGCAGAGAAGAACAGGAAGUUCAGCUUAUAAUUGAAGUCUCAUGUUGUGUAUUUUGCAUAUUGUUAUCAUAUCAGCUUCAUUUUUUUUAGUGUUGUUAGUAAAGUUUUGAUUUUAUUCAUUUACAUUGAUUGAAAUGAAAUUAUGGAUCCAUCCUGCUUUGUAUCACCAGCUCAGCCUGGUGGUGGUGCUGUAAGGGUUUGGGGGGUAUUUUCUUGGCACACUUUGGGUCAUUUAUGCCAACUGAGCAUUAAUAAAAAUGGCACAGUC